AUGGGGUCUUCUCAGAAGGGUAUAGUCUCUCAGCUAUUGAAGACAAGUAAAACUGGGUCCAAGAUUUCAGCACAGAGAGGGUCUGAGGUUAGGGACGCAUCUCCUCAUCAGGGACAAGGGUACAUUUUUGGCUCAAGUCAGCAAAAUGGUUCAGUCUCCCCAAUCCCUUCUGCCCAGCGAAGAUCAAGAUCAGAAGCUGCACAUCAGAGCAUGUCCCGUUCACCAUCAGACUUUCCUCGGUCUUUGUCUCCCAAGCCAGGGCCCAGUGUCUCUCCAGCAUCCACUCCUCGGGGAACCGAGAGCCGAUCAAGAACAGAAGGAUCCCGCCAUUCCUCUCCUCAUCGAAAGGUCCAGCAGACUCAGACAACACCUUCCUUUUCUAUAAGCAUGCAUCGGAAUGUUAGUCCAGUCAGAGAGGAAGCAACACGAAAAAGUAGUGAAGCCAAACAAAUGCGUAAUGAGGUCAGUCACCGUGCCUCAUCAGCCCUAGAUGCCAAAUAUUUUCGUCAGUUGAGUUUUUUAGACCAAAAGGAUAACUCACAAUCACAAAUCUUACAAGAGGACCCACCCUCCAAGGUCCAGAAGCCCCAAGGGGUCAGAGUUCCCCGUAGGAUUUCAGUUUACCCUAAAGAUGAGGCAGUACAAACUGAGCCUAUCCGAAGGAUUACUGCUGAGGUCAGAUCUUCAAGGAGUCCCCCUGCCCCGGAGCAUGGCAGUAGCCGUGUCUCUGCAGAACCUCGGGGGCUCCAGAAGAAGAUAGCUAGAGAAGAGCCAGAAAUGGGUCCUCGCAGCUCAGUUCUUCCAGACUCCAGGGCCGUGCAAAAGAAUAUGCACUUAGAAUUGCCCCACAAAUUCUCCACCAUUAGAGAGUUGGAUAGCGGACACCGAGUUUCUGUGCGGCCAGAUCCUGAGUCUUCACGAAAGCAUUCUGCCUAUCCUGAAACCAAAUACUCUCCUAAAUUCUUAAUAUCAGAGGUGGAGUCCAACAUGAAGUCCCCAACCCGAGGAGACAGUGAUAUAGGCCGCAGGGUCACCAUCUCAGAACUACAACCAACUCAACGUGGGACAGCUCCAUCAAUGUCUCAGAGCUCUCGUAAAUCUUCUGCGUUUGUCUCUUCAGAGCCCACCUAUAAACAGCAAACUCCAAAACCCACAGAAACUACCUACAUGUCUUCAGGACCUGCACUCAGGUAUCCAGAACCCUCACGAAAGCCCUAUAGCCAUCCAGAAGUGGAAUUGACUCCUCGGCCCUUGCCUCCUAGGUCCUUACCUAGGUACGAACCUGACUCCUCGUGGUGGUACUUACUGAAUCCUCAAGUCGAAACACCCCAAAGCCAGCCAACAACACCUGAUUUAGAGCCUAAGUCUCCUCCUCCCCUUGACCCUUUACUGACCUUUUUAAAAAUGGACUCACAACCUUUCUGUGAAGAUUGUAUGUUCCAGAGAGAGAAGGCAAGCCCACCACCACCACCAACACCAAAGGAUUUUCCAAGUCAGGCAUCAUCACUAAGGGAAGUGCCACAGGCCACCAAGUAUACCUCCAAACAACCCAUUCAAAGGUUUAGUGCUUUCUUCCUGGAUGUCUCUGAGGAAAUGUACAAUCGUGUCAUCUGGUGGCUAAAAGGUCUGUGCUUUUCUCUCCUAUGGGCCCAUAGUGGAGGUCUAGGGAGGGGAAUACAGGUGAAAGGGUGGAAUCUAUGUAUCUGUAGAUCUAGGUCCUUUAGGAGAUACAUGCUAGGGUUUUGA